AUGGUUGUUCUUAGCAAUAAGCAAUUGAAGGAUUGUUAUGAUGAUGGAGAUCUUGACUUAUCAUCAUUGAAACUUACUCAAUCUCCAUUGUACAAGGAUUUGGUAGCUUUACCAGCUUUGUCAACUAUUGACUUAUCAUCGAAUUUAAUUUCGUGUCUUUCUAAUGAUUUUUGCCUUUUGGUAAAAUUAACCAAAAUUGAUUUAAGUAAAAAUCAAUUGACUGUUCUUCCAGAAAAUUUUGGCGCUUUGGUUAAUUUAAGAAAGCUUGACCUUUUCGACAACAAAUUAAAAGAUUUGCCGCUAUCUUUCGGAAGAUUACAGAACCUUAAGUGGCUUGAUAUUUCUGGAAACCCAUUAAAUGAGGAUCUUUUAAUGGUUGCCGGGAAACAUCAAGGAAAUAAACAAUAUGAAUCAUCUGCUCUAAAUAUUGUUGCUUACAUGCAAAAACGUAAAGAGAAAAAAGACACGGAAAAUAAAGAUGCAAGAAAUACUAGUAAAAAGAAAAACAAAGAAGCUUUGAGAGAGGUUAACCAGCUUAUAAAUGAAAAUAUUGAGGCAAAAGAAAAAAGCAAGAUAGAAAAACAACAAUCCAAGAAGAAAGGUUCAAGUAAAAAUGGGGAAAAUAGUGGGUCAACUGGUGUGUCAGUAAAUGGAGGGAAAAAGAAUCUCACUAGUCAAAAUACCACAAUGAUGCUAUCGAAGACUUGUGGAUUAUUUUGCAAUUUUGUUUCCGGUGUAAUUAAAUUGACAAUAUUACUUGGAUUGUUUUACUCUGUCUUACUUGGGUAUAAUUGUCAUCAGUACUCUAAAUCACCAAAAAGUGUUUUUCUUCCACGCUCAGAACUCUUUUGCAGAGAUGCUUUGAAAAGCUUUGAAACAAAAAAUCUGGUUCCAACUCUUGGUGCAAAUUUGAAUAGAGCUGUUUUUGGUAGUUAUGACAAAUUUGUUCUCCCAAAAGUUAACUUUGUAGCUAAAAAGUUAGAUGACAUGGGUGUUAAGGACUAUCUUGUUUCUACUACAAAUUUUGUUCAUACAAAAACUGUCUCCGGUGCUUUAUUUGCACAAAAGUUUGUCAGUAAAGGAACUGUUUCUAUUCAAAAAUGGUACAAUAAAGAUGGAUUCAAAUACGUUGAGGCAUUCAAGAAGGCCGCAAUUGAAACUCUUCGUUUUAUAAUUGAUAGUAUCUUUAGCAUUGCUGAAUGGCUUGUUGAGUUCUUUACACCUAUUUUUGAGAAAAUUGCAGAUCUUGUUGUUCUCCUUAUCAAUGACAGAGAAAAAUUUGUCACCCGUGUCUCACAAUACUGGAAUGAAGCUAAAGAAUCUAUUGUCAGUAGAGCAUAA